CGCAGGCCGGAGGGCGGAGCCGCGAUGCCGCGAUGGAGCGCAGCCCGGGCGGGCGCCGGGGCCGGGGCCCGAGCACCAGGCGGAGCGCGAGCAGGAGCCGCAGCCAGAGCCCGGACCAGGCCGGGGUCCGGGACCGCCGGGCCGGGCUGCUCGUAGCGGCGGCGACGGAGCCCCCCAGCGGCUGAGGGGCUUCCUCCCAGCUCCUGCGGUGGCCGGGACUCAGCAAGCCCCCGCAGUCGGGGAGCGUGGGGAUCCCCCCACCACAUCCAGGACCCAGAGACCCUUAGGAAAGCGGGUGGCCCCUCCAGAUCCAACACAGAGGGAUUCCCCAGCGGGGGAAAGCGGAGACUACCUCCGUAUUCAGAAGACAGCGACCUCCCUGCGGUUCCGCGAAGACACCCCCCUCUUCAGUCUGGGCCCCCACAAGACCUAGAACGCAGUGACCCCCCCUGUCCGGGAUUGUGGGGACCCCUUCUCAAGAUCCUGGCCAUUACAACUCCACACCUCAAGACACGAAGACCCAGCUCAGAACGCCCCUAGAUCAGGGGUCUUAGACCUCCCCCCCUCCCCGAUUCCGGCUCACAGAAACCCCAAAUCUAGGGACCCGAGGACAGCAAGAGCUAUCCCUCACCAGCAAGAGGCCUCGGGGACCCCCCCUCGAAGCUCCAGGACUGGGGCGACUGAGCCCCUCGCGGCGCCCUUCUCAUCCCAGCCCAUGGUUGUGGCGCCCUGAGCCCCCCGGGCCGGGCUGACGACGAAAACCGAGACGGCGCCCAGGCCCCCUGCCGCGGCGUCCCCGCGGCCCCAGCCCAGGGAGAAGAUGAGCGUGGGCUGCCCAGAGCCCGAGCCGCCCCACUCCCUGCCCUGCUGUGGGCCAGGGACCGCCCCUGGGCUGGGUGCAGGUGUGCCCCUCCUCACUGAAGACAUGCAAGCGCUGACCCUCCGCACACUGGCCGCAAGCGACGUCACCAAGCACUACGAACUCGUCCGGGAGCUGGGCAAGGGCACCUAUGGGAAGGUUGACCUGGUAGCCUACAAGGGCACAGGCACAAAGAUGGCACUGAAGUUUGUGAACAAGAGCAAAACUAAGCUGAAGAACUUCCUGCGGGAGGUGAGCAUCACCAACAGCCUCUCCUCCAGCCCCUUCAUCAUCAAGGUCUUCGACGUAGUGUUUGAGACCGAGGACUGCUACGUCUUUGCUCAGGAGUACGCGCCCGCCGGGGACCUGUUUGACAUCAUUCCUCCUCAGGUGGGGCUCCCCGAGGACACGGUGAAGCGCUGCGUGCAGCAGCUGGGCCUGGCGCUGGACUUCAUGCACGGCCGGCAGCUGGUGCACCGCGACAUCAAGCCCGAGAACGUGCUGCUGUUCGACCGCGAGUGCCGCCGCGUGAAGCUGGCCGACUUCGGCAUGACGCGCCGCGUGGGCUGCCGCGUGAAGCGGGUCAGCGGCACCAUCCCGUACACGGCGCCCGAGGUGUGCCAGGCGGGCCGCGCCGACGGCUUCGCGGUGGACACGGGCGUGGACGUGUGGGCCUUCGGCGUGCUCAUCUUCUGCGUGCUCACCGGCAACUUCCCGUGGGAGGCGGCCUCGGGCGCCGACGCCUUCUUUGAGGAGUUCGUGCGCUGGCAGCGGGGCCGCCUGCCGGGGCUGCCGUCGCAGUGGCGCCGCUUCACCGAGCCGGCGCUGCGCAUGUUCCAGCGGCUCCUGGCCCUGGAGCCCGAGCGCCGCGGGCCGGCCAAAGAGGUCUUCCGCUUCCUCAAGCACGAGCUCACGUCCGAGCUGCGGCGCCGGCCCUCGCACCGCGCGCGCAAGCCCGCCGGGGACCGCCCGCCGGCCGCCGGGCCGCUGCGCCUCGAGGCGCCCGGGCCGCUCAAGCGGACGGUGCUGACCGAGAGCGGCAGCGGCUCCCGGCCCGCGGCCCCCGCCGUCGGGCCCGCACCCGGGCCCGCGCCCGUCCCCGUGCCGGUCCCCGUGCCCGAGCCCGGCCUGGCUCCCCCGGGGCCCCCCGGCAGGACCGACGGCCGCCCAGACAAGAGCAAAGGGCAGGUGGUGCUGGCCACGGCCAUCGAGAUCUGCGUCUGAGCCGCCCCCGCCGCCCUCGGGCCCGGGGCGCCGUGCAGCAGCCAGGCCAGGGCGCGGGGAGCCGCCCUGGGCCGAACCGGCCAGCCCCCCGCGGCGGCAGGAGGGAGUAGUGGUAGACGCCCGGCCCGCGGCGGGCUGGUGAGAUCGCCACCAAAAGGAGCCAAGCCCCCCAGGCCCGAGGAUUCAGAGGCCCCCUGACACCAGGAGCAAGGGAGCUUGCCGGCAGACUCCCCACACCUCCCUGAACCCUGGAACCCUGACUAGUUGCUCUCGGCCCUUUGCAUCCCCUGGCAGAUCAUCCUGCAGGCCCACCCCCGGUCCUGCCCUCCCGGCCUCCCCAACCCCCAACCCCCACCCUGGGCACGAAAAGGGGCUGAAGUGCUGGGGCAGAGAAGGGCCUUAGGGCCCCUGGGCACUGGCUGGGAGGAGGGCGAUGAGCUGAGGGCGGGGGCGUUGCUCAGCGGCCACCUGCCCCUUUCCUGGGAGGUUGGAGGGAAGGGACCAGGCCCCCUGCAAAAUGUAGCAAAUGUCUGGAGGCUGCAGAAGUGUGUUUGUGCAGACACAGGGCCCAACUCCCCACCAUUCAGUCCCCAGAUGAGGACACUGAGCCCAAAAGGAGGGCAGCCAGCCGAGACCACACAGCCAGGGAGGUGGAGCUCUGGAGGCCCUCCCCUCCCCCACAGGGAUUUCAGGACGACUGAAGGGCUCCGGGGCCAGGGACCUCAGCUGCCCCUGCAUCCCUAGGCCAAGGGAAUGAGUGCAGAGCCCAGGGCCGGGCCCGCCUGCCCACCGCACCUUCCCCAGGCCCGGGAAACCUCUCAGAUCCUUCUAAGUCCUCGCUGCCCCAGCCUAGACUCAGGGGCCUGGGCUCUUGGCAGGCAGCCAGGUGAUCUGUGCCAGGAAUUUCUCCUGAGUUUCUACUGGGGUCCAACAUGUCAGCCUGGGGCUGACCCCAUCCCCACGUCUCCCAAGUUUCUGGUACUGGGGUGUGGGUGUGAGAAUGGGAGGCCCUGGAAGUGGGAGGGGGUGAGUGUGUGAAUAGGUAUGGGUGCAGCGUGAGUGCACGCGGAGUGCACAUGUGUGCGUGUAGCCUCGUGUGUUCAGUGGCUGCAUCCAGACGUCUCAGUAACUCUGCCCCAGGAUUCUCAGUGGGCAGCUGCCAGAGGGCAUCCAGGCCUGCGGUUCAGCACACCCCUCAGGGAACCCGGCAAGGAGGCACCUGCAGGUUGGUUCAGGACCCUAGGCAGCAAAACAGACCAGAGGGACCCAGCCUCACCCAGCACGACUCCACGACCCCCGCCCCCUCCGUGGAGGCCUGGGACCCCGCAAUAACCUCAACAUGGGUGAGGCUGCUCCCUCUGCCUGGCAGUGCCCCAUCCACUGUCCCGGGCCACACCUUCCAGGGUUCCUCCUGGGGUUCUCGGCCGUUUGAGGGGGCUCCCUGAUGGGCCAGGCUGACCAGAGGGACCCCUCUGGCCUGAAGUCCCCACCUCUCCAUUCACCCUCAUUCCCACCGCGCAAAAGGGCUAUAGGUCCCCCUGCCCUGCCCGGGUCCAGUUUACAAACAGUGUGCGGUUGCCCCAGGGCCUGGCCCCCACUCCUCCUUGGUGUGCCCACCCCUCUUGAGAACCACCUCCCCAGCGGGCAUUGGGGCCCUCCACAUGCCAGGUAAGUAGCAAACCCCUCCUCCCACCAAGGGCCAAGUCUCAGAGAAGGCCCCCCCAUCACUGCCCCCGGCCCACCUGGAGCCCAUCUGGGCACCUCUCCCAGCCGCAACUUCUCCUUUUGCCUUAGGCCUCUUGACAUCCUGUCUCUCCUGCAAUAACAAGGAAGCGAGAUUCCAAGUAGACGCCCCUUGCGUGCGCCCUCUCACACUCUCUCUCUCUCUCUCUCUCUCUCUCUCUCUCUGUUAAGAUCCUGUCUGAGAGUCUCUCCCUCGUCGUAGUAUCUAGGAUGUUAGAGUGGGGAAGGGAUCGUAGUUCUGUAGCCCAGCCCCUGUUUCCGGAGGCACAGAGAGGGGGCAGCAGCGGCCGACAAGGAAGCAAGACUGGAACCCGGUCUGCGCCCUCCCCGUCGGGGCCUUGCUGCCGCUGCCGCCACCACCUCUGCUGGUCAGGCUGGGACCCUGUGCCCCUUAGGAGAGGUGUUGGUCACAGAUGUUUACCUCAGUUUAUGUCACUGUCGAAGAAAAAAUAAACAGCAAAAAAUUAAUAACAUCGUAAACAUGAAGACUUAGAAGAGAAAACAAAACAAAAAACAAAAAAAACCCCUCGCGAUUCUUCUGUGAAGGUGUAUGUGUGUGUGCGUGUGCGCCUGCAUCUCUGUCCUCCCCGGGCAGGCCGGGUCAUCCCUGCCCUCUGUCCCAGCCCUGUGCCCCCCACACUGCCCCCUGUCCUUCGGUGCUUCCCAGAGGCCCCUCUGAGCUGGCCUGUGGGGUGUGGGGAGCCCCUGGGGGGUGAGGCAGGGCCACAGGUUAGCUAGAGGGUCUCCCACCAGGCCAGCUGAGCAGAGCCCUAAGGCUGCCAGUGCUCCCCGAGCCCACUCUGUGGCCGGCAGGACAGUCAUGGUGGCUGGCGUCAGCAUCCAAGCCUGGCUCAGAGCCUGGGUGGAAUCCCAGCCCCAGAGCCCCAGACCUUUAUGUUGCCACCGUCCCCCGCCAUGUGUUUGUAAAUACUCUGGCAUCCUUUGGCCCUGAGAAGGUUUUUAAAUGUGUUAUUUACUUCUCUAAUCAUGACAAUUGCUAUAAAAUAAAAGUUUAGAAAAAUUA